CCUUUCUCGUAGAGGGGGAGGGGACGGAGUCAGCUCUGCGUCUCUCUCUGAAAUUGGCGGGAGGCGAAGAUGUCACAUGACUUGGAUGGCAAGGAGGACUUUUUGGAAGAGAAUAAAUUUAAGGAGUAUUGUGCAGAGUUUAUCAAACACUCACAACAAAUAGGAGACGGUUGGGAGUGGAGAAAUGUAAAGGGUUCUGCGGAUGGCUAUAUGAUUAAAACACACUUCCAAGUGAAAGGCAGAGGCAUCUCACCAGACACAGGGGAGAUAAUGAAUGACAGCGAUGAAGUACCAUCUACAUAUGCUGAGGAAGGUCUGGGUGACUCUCAGGUUGCUGGAGUCUGUGCAGCAUCAGAGGCGAUUCGCUAUGAGUAUCACGUUCUGUACUCCUGCAGCUACCAAGCUCCUGUGCUGUAUUUUCGAGCAUGUUUUUUAGAUGGAAGGCCUUUGACCCUGGAUGAAAUAUGGAAUAGUGUUCAUGAAUGCUACAGGGAGCGUCUCUGGCAGGAUCCAUGGGACACCAUUACACAACAGGAACAUCCAUUAUUUGGACAGCCGUUCUUUGUACUUCAUCCCUGUCGGACAAAUGAAUUUAUGGCUUCAGUAUUAUCCAGUUCACAUAAAGGAAACAGGCGUACAAAUUACAUCAUCUCAUGGCUGAGUGUUGUAGGUCCAGUGGUGGGUCUCCAUCUACCUCUGAGUUACGCAAAAGUCAAUUCUGAGCAGACCACAAGUGCUGAAUAA